AUGGAAGUGACUGGAAAUCUGUUCUAUGCAAACUAUGCAACCACUGAGGCAAAGACAAAUGGAGAGUGGUACAUUGACAGUGGCUGUAGCAAUCACAUGACUAGCAAUAUGGAUCUUCUUGUUAAUGUGAGAACAAAUGUGGCUAUGAAGGUGCAAAUGUUAACUGAUACACUUGUGAAUGUAGCUGGCAUGGGUUCACUAGUCAUAGAUACAACUAGAGGCAGAAAAUACAUCAGAGAAGUGAUGUAUCUUCCAGAAUUGAAGAAGUACUUGCUGAGUGUUGGGCAAAUAGAUGAGCAUGGGUAUUUUAUGUUGUUUGGAGGAGGAAUGUACAAGGUGUUUGAUAGCUCUUCAAUGAACUGUCUCAUCAUCAAGGUUCCAAUGAAGAAGAAUAGAUGUUAUCCCUUAUUUCUACUAGCUGAGAAUCAAUUAGCCAUGAAGGACGGUGUCACUCAUUGCACAUGGACUUGGAAUAAAAGGCUAGGACAUUUGCAUUUUAGGGGGCUAAAACAGUUAAGAGACAAGGACAUAGUGCAUGGACUGCCACAACUAGAAGAACACAGUGUUGUGUGUGAGGGUUAA